AUGGACCAGAGUCAGAAUCACCAGCUCCAGCAGCCGCUGUCGCUACAGUCCACGGCCUCGUCGCCGUCGGCCGAUGCUUCACCGCAGGACGUGCUUGCUGAGGCUCGCAAGAACCUCCAGGUCUUGAUCGAUUCUGGUUUCUCCAAGGACAUGCUCCAUCAAUGGGUUGACGAUAGCCUGUCGCUACAGCACUCUGGUUUACAAACUGCAACACUCGCUUCAACUCUAUCGUUACCAACGACUACGACAACAUCACCAACGUCACUCGCUCCUCAGCGUGAUCCCCCCCCGCCUCCUCCUCCUCAAUGUCCUCCGCCACCACCUCCGUCUACCGUUCCCUCCAGCCGAGCACCAGCGCCCCCUAUGAUACCGUCCUCGACGCCGUCGAGCAUUGCCUCUGGCGACAUCAAAACGGAAUCCUUGGCCGACGACAUGUCGCGAAACUGGUCUUCAGCUCCUACUCUCGGUUCGAAUUCCAACACCAUGAUGACCAACAUGGACCGGUCGGCCGGUUCUCAAUUGGCCAACAUUGAACCUCACCUCUUCUUCGCCGCCCCUUCUCCAGCAUUUUCUCACAGGCCCAGGAUCUCCAUUUCUUCCGUCAGCUCCGGCUCCUCAGGGCAUGCAUCCAUUUGGUCAACAAACUCGGCUCACUCAGCAUUGUCAUGGCAAUCCGGUGCAUCUGCGCGAUCUGGUUUUCCGCAUGUCGGCGUGGGAAUGAUGCAUGGCAGCUCUGUUUCGUCUCUCAACGGCGGAGGUGCAAGCAGCAGCAGCAGCAGCAACAAUGCCGCCAACAAGCAAAACAUUUACUGGUGUACAUCUUGUGAGACCAGUUUUAAGCGAAAGUAUGACUGGAAGAGACACGAAGACGAAUUCCACGAACGCUGGAGAAAAUACCCCUGCCCGGAACCAGGCUGCAACAGAAGCUUCUGGGGAUCCAACUCGUUCAACCAACAUCAUAAGCAGUGCCAUGGAUGCAAGACUUGCCCUCACGCUGAAAAAGUAGUCAAGUUUCUUCGCAAACGAAAGUACUGGGCAUGUGGCUUUUGUUCUGCCUUGCAUCCUGCACGGGAACGACACGUCGAACACGUUGCCCGCCACUUCGAAUCCGGACUCUCCAAGGGUGACUGGAUGCACUCACGGGUCAUCUAUGGCCUUUUGCAUCAGCCGCUAAUCCGGGAAGCAUGGGAUACCAUUGUUGAGGGGAAACGAUCCGACUAUGGUGGUAGGCGGCCACAAUUCAGCUGGCACCCAAGCAAGACGGGUCGAGCCCAGGGCUUUUUGGAGAAGGAGAGUCCCGGACAGCUUCAGGAUCUCCUAGAGUUCUUUUCCGGCGACGAAAGCGAGGCCAACUGGGUCGUUGGCAUCGCCUAUGAAUUGGCGGAUAUUGUCAUGGGCACGCCUCCUACACCCACUCCUCCGCCACCGCAGUUUGCCAGCGGCGCUGCCUCAAUGGGACCUCCUCAGCAUCCUCCUCCCUUCGUUCCUCUUCCCUCACAGGCCCAUCAACAGGCAGCCUUGCUCACACCGACGAGCCCCAAUAACCAGAGUCCCUUUGCUGCACCAUUCCAGCAAGGUCCUGUUUUCCUGCCCUCGCAGCCGUUUGGGGCGGCGGCCAGCCGCCCUUCUCCCGACUCCUCCAACCAAUCUUCGAUGACUGCAUCGCAGUCUCCUCUAGGGCCUGGCGGCUCACCAAUGGAGGGACAUGUUCGUGAUAUGCGGCAGUCGACUUCAAACUCGGGCCACUCCAUUGGGGAUUCCAUGAUGGAUUACGAAUACUCCACAGGGGGAAGUUCAUAUGAUAGCUGGCCACCCAGUUUCGCGAGCCCCGUAGCGGGCAGCCCGGCAUCGCAACAGCAUGCCGGCCCUGCCCCCCCUGAUUGGAAUGUAAUGCAAUACUUCAGUAAUGACACGCAAACGGCGUCUGCGGGAAGCAACAGCAACUGCUGA